GCUGACUACAUGCGAGACGAUUGAACAGUGCCUUGUGCCCUACCGUGAUACAGUGUUAAAUUGUGUCAGUCUAUUGUCACUUUUGACUAUCUAUUUUCCUAUCUAAUCUCGGAGUUUUCAUUAUUAUUUGUUGGGUCGUUAAUUACGCAAUAAUACGCAACCGUACUUUCCUAUAAAACCCCAACAAAUUCUGGUGACCCCGACGUGACCUAAAAUGGCCUCCGAAGACAGCUAUUUGAUGUCCUCUGUAUCACAUCAACCAACGCACAGAAUUGACACUGUUUCAGUCAACCUCCCGCCGUUUUGGCAUCAUGAUCCAGCAAUCUGGUUCUGUCAGGUCGAAGCACAAUUCCAUCUCCGGAAUAUCACACAACAGUCAACCAUGUUUUAUCAUGUGCUUUCUGUGCUUCCACCUGAAGUUGCUGCGGAUGUUCGUGAUGUGUUACAAGCCCCAGAUCAAGUCACCCCUUUCAACACUUUGCGCGACACUAUCAUCAAACGGACAACGAUAUCAGAAUAUAAGCGUCUGGAACAACUCCUCAACGGUGCUGAUCUUGGUGAAUGUACACCAUCACAGUUACUUCGUCGAAUGUACAACACUUUGGGAGAUCGCAAGCUUGAUUCCGCUCUUUUCAUCCAACUGUUUUUGAAGCGCCUCCCUUCACAUGUACAAACAAUCCUAGCACCGUCGAUUGACACCGUCCCCAUCGACAAACUGGCGACUAUGGCUGAUCGAAUUUUAGAAGUUCAACCAAAUUCAACUUCUAUGUCUUCGAUCAACUCAGCGACGGAAACACCGUCCAUUGCCGACCAGAUUAAGCUGCUUUCCGAACAAAUCGCUGAACUCAGAGCUUCACACUCUCGCCAAUUUCGAUGUUUUUCACGUCGACGAUCAAACAGCAGAACUUACCGAUCGAAUUCCAACAACAGACAGUCUGACAACUACUGCUGGUACCACAACAAAUUUGGUCAUAGAGCAAGGAAAUGUGUUUCCCCCUGUUUGUUCAGAAACUCCAAAAACAAUGCUCCGCAGAUGCCGGAAAACCGCCAGGCCGAGUGUUAGGGGCGAGUAACACUCGUGGCUAUCAAACCCAAUCUCGCCGUCUUUCUGUUGUGGAUCGUACUUCUGGACUAAAAUUUUUGAUUGACACUGGAGCAGACGUUAGUGUUAUUCCCCCGCAACCCACCGACACUCUCCCUCCUGGGAAUUUUUAUGAACUUACUGCUGCAAACGGUACGAAAAUACGUACGUUUGGACAACGUUUGCUGACACUUAAUUUGGGAUUACGACAUCGUGUGCGCAAACCCCUUCAACCACCGUACGAUGGACCCUACCGAGUCAUUUCUCGCGGUCCUAAGCAUUUCACUGUUCAACUCCCAACUCGGACCGACACAGUGAGUAUAGACCGUCUCAAGCCCGCACACAUCGAAGCUGCAGUCAAUCCCUCGAAUCACGCCACUACUACGAAAUCGCAAUCACCAGUCACGCCUCCGAACUACGUCACACGUUUCGGUCGUCAAGUUACGAGACCCGACCGAUUCAGACCACUUUGACUCUUCGCAAGAGAGGAGUAUGUGUAGCAUCCGCACGCACGCACGCACGCGCAGACGGGACGUGCAAGCUUGGCCGAUACAAGGUCACUGGACCUUAGCGACUCAUGUGAGACUUGAAAAAGACACAGCAUAAGCAUCACGUGCACCACGGCCGAUGACUCGCCAACGAGGCUGACUACACGCGAUACGAUUGAACAGUGCCUUGUGCCCUACCGUGAUACAGUGUUAAAUUGUGUCAAACUAUUGUCACUUUUGACUAUCUAUUU